CAUUGCUCGGAAUCUGAUCAAAAUCCCCGAAAAUGAAUGACCGCUAAUCCCGGCUUUGAGAUAGCGCGUCUGCCUCGGUAGUAUCGCUGCAUCCAUCCACUCAGUAUGCUUCGCACUCUGCCAGAAUGAAGUCCACGAUUGCAGUUUUGCUGAUCGCGUUUUCCCUCGCAAACGGUUACCGGCUAACCGAUGAGGAAUACGACCCGUUUGAGCCGUUCAUCAGCGGAGGAACCAACGCCGUUCUGGGGCAGUUUCCCUCGGUGGUAGCCGUUGGCGUUCCCACGCCGAACAAUGCCUUCUGCGGUGGCAUCAUUCUCAACGAAAACCAUGUCCUGACGGCGGCCCGUUGUGUCCUCACGGCGCAAAACACCCUUCUCUUCCCGAACCAGGUCACCGUUAUGUCCGGCGCACUGCAGCUGAACUUGGCCGCUCCGCGCAUCGGAGUCUCCGCCGUGUACGUCCACCCGCAGUACAAUCCGUUUACGUUCGCCAACAAUCUGGCCGUGCUUCGAACCACAUCCAGCUUCAUUCCUCCGAUGGUUGCCACUCCGAACAUUGCCUUUGCCAUGCUGGGAGAUGAGGUUCCUUUCGACGGAAUGGCGUGCCAGGCGGCCGGAUGGAAUAACGCCACCACCAACCCUCUACAGCAGUUCAUCAACGCUCCAAUCCUGAACCGGGACACCUGCAACGCACUGGCACUGAACUUGGGCCGCAUCGAAGAGACGAUGGUAUGCGCCGGAGUCACCGGAACCGGACCGGGAGUCUGCGCGAGCAACAUGGGCACGGGACUGUUCUGCGACGGCCGACUGGCGGGACUCUUGUCUACCGGUUUUGGAUGCGGUCAGGCCAACAAUCCGGGUGUAUACACGCAGGUUCGCUAUUACUUGCCGUGGAUUAGGCAGCAGUUCGACCGGCAGGAUAUUCCUCUGGGAGGCUCGUCGCCCAUUCCGAUUUGGUAAAGGGACUUGGGGGGUUUGUUUAGGUAAAAUAAAGAUGUUUUAAAACAA